ACCCGUCAUCUAUAGACGUUGAAGGCUAACAAAUUCAGAAAGCGUAGAACGUUUCUGAACAGUAUCUAAAGGGAGGACGAUGAUGGAAACCUUGCUUGUCUUCCCGUCUCUCCUGUAGAGAGACUGACGCCCAGCCUAUUUUUGGGCUGUAUGCAUACAGUGGAUAUGUAUUCUCGAGGGGCUCUGCCCAGGUGUUUCCUGUGAAUGCUCCGUCCACCCGCUCAUCUCGCAACAGAAAAGGCUGAAUGGAUGCAUCGAGCUCUUUAUCUUUUUUUUCUAUGGAGCUGCAUAUAUAUAUAUAUAUAUAUAUGCGUAUAUGUGCAUGGAAGUAUACGCCCCAUUGUAUAUAUAUAUAUAUAUGCGUAUGUAUAAAAGUGUAUGUAUAUUCAUAUACGUAUAUGUGUAGACAAGAGUUCCAGAAUAUUAGUUUUGCGUGCACGGAGAAUGUGAAUUUCAGUUUGAAAGACCUUUUGUGUUUUUCGAUGAGAUUUCUCUCAAUUUUUUUUUGGUGGCUGGCCCCUCUUCCGAAAGGGUGUUUUCCAAGAGAAGCAUCGCUUCUCUGGAUGCAUGCGGAAGCCAGGAUCCGCCUUUGCGCGCGUCUGUUCCGGCUGCAUGCAGGAGCCUGUCGAGUUUUGCCAGUUAGCUAGAUCUGUUUCGUCGAUUGCACCCCGUUUGCCUCAUGCAAAGGAGAUAUGGUCUUGUGGUGUGCGCAAGUGCGAAUGAUUGCGACUUUUGAACACAAACGCGCCGUUUCAUCCUAUCCCAUUUCUGAAAGA